AUGCAAAAUUCAAGUCGAUCUUUGUCAUCCAAAAAAAAUGAAAAGCUCAUUUCCAAAAGAAAUAGAUCUCUUUAAGAAACAGAAAGCUAUGGAAAAUUUCUUGAAUUUUUUAAUUCUAAUCAAAAUUAGCCUUUCAAGCAAUUUUUAUAUAUGCAAGAAUUCUUUAAUACUAAUUUGAAUUCAUUUCCUUCAGAUGAGGAAAUAUAAGCCAUUUAAUAAAAUUUAUUCUCAGUUUACUAAGUAAUUUCGAAUAGAAAAAAAAAUUGGACUACUGACGAAAAAAAAGUGUUAAUAUGGGUUGUAGGUAAAUUAAGUCAAUCUCGAGAUCUUGAUAUUAGAGAUCUACCUAAUAGUUUUUGGGAUGAUGUUUCCGAAUUGAUUUGCAGAAGAGACCCUUAAUCUUGUAAAUAAAAAUGGUUAUAACUAAAAAAAACUGAUUUAUAAUAAAAACCUUUCACUUAAUAAGAAGAUUAAUUAUUAUUAGAUUUAAUUCAUAAAUAUAAAGAUUCUGAAUAGGGUAAAAAAUGGUGUUAAAUUUCAGAAGAACUUAAUUCUCAAAUUUUAAAUUAUCGAACUAGUAAACAAUGUAGAGAAAGGUGGUUAAAUCAUUUAAAUCCAAAAAUUUCUAAGUAAAUAAUUAUUUCAUUAUAGAGACCCUUGGAAUGAUGACGAAGAUAUAUUUUUAUUAGAUUUAAUUUUACAAUAAGGUAGAAAAUGGGCAGAAAUUUCAAAAUUAUUUGAUGGUAGGAGAAAUGAAAAUACUGUUAAGAAUAGAUUUAAUAGUUUAAUAAAAAGAGAAAAAGAUCUGAUUGUUGAGUAUGAAUAUCAAUUUAUAAAUUUAAGUCUAUAAAAUGGAUAAACAACAAAUUUAGAUACUAUUUUGGGAAAUCCUACUGGGCAGACAUUAAAUAAAUAAUAAAUAAUGGCCAUAGAAGUUUUAAAAAAUAAAAUUUAAUGGAGAAAAGGCCAAAUCAAAUCUGGUGAACAAAUAAAUGAUUUUAGAAGAACUUCCAUACAUUAGACUUCUGAAAAAUAAGAAGAAUUUCAAUUAAAAAGAUCUUCUGUAGUGAAGUAUUAAGUAGGACAUUUGGGUUAAGAAGAAAUUUAAAAUGAUGAAUUAGUGCCUUGCUUAGUAAAUUUAGAAAAAAAUAUAAUUUAUUUUUGCUCAAAGGAAUAAAUAGUAAAAUUAUUAAACAAUUAAAUAAAUUAAAUGAAUUAUAAUCUUGAACUAGAAAAAAAAGAUAUUAAAUCUUUUGAUUCAGGAUUAAUUAACUUUAAAACUUAAUUAAGUAUCAUAAGUGAAAUAAAUGAUUCUAAAUUUAGCUCAUUUUUAUGUGGAUAAAAUAAUGAAGAUAAUUUUAGUUAAAUAAGUAAAGUAUUUUAAAACAAUUUUAUUUAAAAAUAAAUGAUAGAUUUAGAAUAAUAUUUUAAUUUAGAUCCUCCUUAACAUUAAUAAAUCAAUUAAUUGUUUAAUCCGAUUUAACAAAUACAUUAUAAAGCAUAUUAUUAAAUAAGGAGAGCUUAUAAAUCAGAAGUUCUUUAAUAAAAUUUUAAAAUAAUAGAUCAAAAAAUUCCUAGGUCUUUGCCUAAUGUAAUUUCNUAUGCAAGAAUUCUUUAAUACUAAUUUGAAUUCAUUUCCUUCAGAUGAGGAAAUAUAAGCCAUUUAAUAAAAUUUAUUCUCAGUUUACUAAGUAAUUUCGAAUAGAAAAAAAAAUUGGACUACUGACGAAAAAAAAGUGUUAAUAUGGGUUGUAGGUAAAUUAAGUCAAUCUCGAGAUCUUGAUAUUAGAGAUCUACCUAAUAGUUUUUGGGAUGAUGUUUCCGAAUUGAUUUGCAGAAGAGACCCUUAAUCUUGUAAAUAAAAAUGGUUAUAACUAAAAAAAACUGAUUUAUAAUAAAAACCUUUCACUUAAUAAGAAGAUUAAUUAUUAUUAGAUUUAAUUCAUAAAUAUAAAGAUUCUGAAUAGGGUAAAAAAUGGUGUUAAAUUUCAGAAGAACUUAAUUCUCAAAUUUUAAAUUAUCGAACUAGUAAACAAUGUAGAGAAAGGUGGUUAAAUCAUUUAAAUCCAAAAAUUUCUAAGUAAAUAAUUAUUUCAUUAUAGAGACCCUUGGAAUGAUGACGAAGAUAUAUUUUUAUUAGAUUUAAUUUUACAAUAAGGUAGAAAAUGGGCAGAAAUUUCAAAAUUAUUUGAUGGUAGGAGAAAUGAAAAUACUGUUAAGAAUAGAUUUAAUAGUUUAAUAAAAAGAGAAAAAGAUCUGAUUGUUGAGUAUGAAUAUCAAUUUAUAAAUUUAAGUCUAUAAAAUGGAUAAACAACAAAUUUAGAUACUAUUUUGGGAAAUCCUACUGGGCAGACAUUAAAUAAAUAAUAAAUAAUGGCCAUAGAAGUUUUAAAAAAUAAAAUUUAAUGGAGAAAAGGCCAAAUCAAAUCUGGUGAACAAAUAAAUGAUUUUAGAAGAACUUCCAUACAUUAGACUUCUGAAAAAUAAGAAGAAUUUCAAUUAAAAAGAUCUUCUGUAGUGAAGUAUUAAGUAGGACAUUUGGGUUAAGAAGAAAUUUAAAAUGAUGAAUUAGUGCCUUGCUUAGUAAAUUUAGAAAAAAAUAUAAUUUAUUUUUGCUCAAAGGAAUAAAUAGUAAAAUUAUUAAACAAUUAAAUAAAUUAAAUGAAUUAUAAUCUUGAACUAGAAAAAAAAGAUAUUAAAUCUUUUGAUUCAGGAUUAAUUAACUUUAAAACUUAAUUAAGUAUCAUAAGUGAAAUAAAUGAUUCUAAAUUUAGCUCAUUUUUAUGUGGAUAAAAUAAUGAAGAUAAUUUUAGUUAAAUAAGUAAAGUAUUUUAAAACAAUUUUAUUUAAAAAUAAAUGAUAGAUUUAGAAUAAUAUUUUAAUUUAGAUCCUCCUUAACAUUAAUAAAUCAAUUAAUUGUUUAAUCCGAUUUAACAAAUACAUUAUAAAGCAUAUUAUUAAAUAAGGAGAGCUUAUAAAUCAGAAGUUCUUUAAUAAAAUUUUAAAAUAAUAGAUCAAAAAAUUCCUAGGUCUUUGCCUAAUGUAAUUUCAAUUAUAUCUUAAUGA